AUGAAGGAUUGGUAAGGAUUUAGAUUGGUUAGAAUGGAUGUUAAGAAAGAUUGUUUGAAUGAAAAGUUUAUAUAUAAUAUAGAUAUUAAUUAAAAAUCCGUUUUAAUAUAAAUGAGAGUCGGGGUUGUUUUGCUAGUUUGUUUUGUAUUAUGUUAAAGUAUUCCAGUACAUAAGAAAUUUUUGUAACUAGAUGGGUAAUUAAUGAGAUAAAUAGUAGCUAAGAGAAUGAUGUUUAAUAUACAUCAGAGAAUUUGUAGGUGGUUGAGGAGAAAAGUAAAAAUGGAGAUGUUCAAAUAUUGGCAGCAUAAGAGAGUGAUUUGAUGAUAAAUUAAAUGGAGGGAUCAGAGAAAUAAGAUUUACAAUAAUCAUUGGAUGAUGAAACACCAUUGAAUAGUGCUUAUGUAAUAAAUAAAUAAUAAUAUAAGUUCGAAGAUGAGGAUUUAAAUAAUGAAAUAAUGGAAGAUGCUAGUUAAAAUAUAGUGGAAGACUUGAAGUUGAUUGGGUAAUUGGAAAGCAAUAAUAUUAUUGAUGAAAAUCAUUAAGUCAUAGAUACUUAAGCAGAUAUUACAGAUGAUAAUGAAAAUUAUGCAUCUGAUACAAUGAAUGUCAAUGAUGAAAUAUAAUAAGAGAUAUCAGAUUAAUAGAAUGUUGAAGAUACAAUAAAUAAUGAAGAGAAUUAUUAUGAUGACUCGGCUGAGAAUAAUAAUGAUACAUUGUAAGUAAGUGAAAAUGUGUCUUAAUAAUUAAUUGCUUAAGAAAAUGAAGUUCCUGAUCUCACUAAUAUGGAUUAAGAUCAAAUUAAUUAAUAGUUUGCUUAACCUGAAUAUGAAGUUUAACCAAAUCAAAUUGAAUAAACUAAUCAAUAAGACUAAACUAUUAUUAUUGACAAUGAAUUAAAUUAAGAUGAAAAUCAAACAUAAACUUAAGUAAUUGUUGUUUAAGAUUAAACUCAUGUAUAAUCUGAUUAAUAAGGUCCAAAAUAAGUUAAUAUCCAAUAAGAAGUCAAUUCAACUGAUCCUAAUAAUAUUGGUGAUAUAAAUGAAGAGUAAAAUGUUCAUAAUUAAAUUUAGACAAGCAUCCUAAUGUAUUGAAUUAUAUAGUUAAUGUUAUUACAAAGGAGAAUCCAUGAAAGCAUGUAAUGAUCUUGGAUAAAUGAAGUAAAUUAAUCUAUUCUAUUUUUUAGAGAUUUCCCAUAUGAAAUCAAAUCCUUAAAGAUUCCCUAUGGAACAACACUUACCAUAUAUGAUCAUCCUAAUUAUGAAGGAGAAAGACACACCUUCUCUAAAAAUGAAGAGUGUUUAGCUAAUGUAAUUGUUCUAACAUAAAUUACAUUUUGAAAUUUAUC